GAAAACAUCUGAUGCUAUUUCAGAGUAAAACCUCCGUUUUCAAAUUCCUCCGGCGUAAUGUGGACGAGGCUUAAUUGAGUGAAAGGAUAGUGAUCGAUAAUUUGGUGCGUUAGAUGGUUGAUUUCUAGCUAUUGUUUUUUUAUCUAUGGUUGUAUGCCACGGAAGAGACAAUUUGAUCCCUUAAUCUACUGUACUCCUUGUCAAACAAGCUUUGUAAAUAGGAUUUAAUUAUGCUUUGUUUACUCAAUCAAAUCAACUCGUGCCUCAAUCACCAAUUUAAACAAUAUUUUCGUUGCUAACGUGAGCGGUAAAGUGUUUCGUUUAUACGUCUUGAUUGUGAAUGGCUACGCGUCCGUUUCAAGGGCGAAAAUUAACAACCAAAGUUCAAAAAUCCGCUAAGAAAAGUGAUUGCCCGUUUGGAGUAAACCGUGGACCAAUCUCGGCACAGAAACGCGACGUGGCAGAGUUCGAGGAUUGCAGACACAGAUCGUUUAUUGAAAGAAUGAAGGAUGCGUUUCGUACCAUUUCAUUUCGCUCAGAGCCGACAAUCGGCGAAGAGGACUUGAAGAGAUGCUACGAUACACAAAUACCUGGUAAUGGUGAAGCCAAUUAUGGAAUUGCUUACCCUGUGGUAGGGAAGAAACAGCAAGAGUUGAUUCAAAAUCUGGUGCCUCAUUGCUACGAACACAUACAGAAUUUCCACCAUUACCGUAGCGACAUGGAAAAACUGAGCUCUGGGUGUAAGGUCCUAUACCUCUCUGCAGACGAAGAGACUGGAAAGAGGGAGAAAGUGUUACGCGAAGUUUAUGGCCAAAAUUCCGCCAGAACCGAACAGAGCAGAUUACAGACCCGGCGUUACGGUUUGGGAAAGCCCAGACAUUUUCAAAUGCCACUCAAGCCUAAAACAACAAAGGUAACUUUGGUCGUUAAAAGCCACAAAGAGUCGCAAAAAGUCAGGACCAAAAAGAACAGAAAUCCCAACAAAAAUGGCCAACCUCAGGAUGGCUAUUCCAGAGCGUCUUCAAGCGAGAACGACUUCAAAAGUUGCUCUUCAAAUUCUACGGAGUUAAAAGUGAACAGUGCAAAAAAACGUUUAUCAUUUCAAGUUGGAGAGAGUGUCACUGAAAGCGAUGAAAUGCCUCCAUUUAAGCUCGAACAAGCAACAAGCGAUGACCAAAAAGCCGAGGGUCAAAGCAGUUGUCAUAGUCCGGGUAGCGACACUUUUCCUAAGCCUCCCGUGACAACUCCCAACGACAUGUCCCGGAAAUCAUCUGUCCGCACCUUGCUUUUUGAAAGUGCUAAGAACGAUAGAAACGUUGCGUCGCCACGGAACACCACAAAUAGAGAUUCUAACCACAGCCCACAUUACUUAGCGCCAUUUCAUACGCGGUUUCCACACCUGAAACAGUCGUCGGAGUCGAUAAGGUCUGAUCAAAUGCGACAGAAGAGAACUGACAAAGAUAUGAUUCCACCUUGGCAACAAUAUCGUGUUUUGUGCGACGCUUUUCGACCUACAAUGUCUCCUGAGAGGUUUUCACGCCAAAAUGGAUACAGAAAACCGAAGUAUGCCACAGCAACGGAGCUGGAAUAUUACAUCGAUAUCGUGUCGGAAACGAACAGUAAUUCUAAGUCGAUGUAUUUGUCUUGACUCAAUUUCCAUGGUAAAUUCAGAGGCGCCUUUACAAGGAUUUCGACAAGACUUAUGACUGAUAUACUAAGCGUGCUUUUUCUGACCUCAGACUGAGUGAGAAUCGAAAGAUGGUGAUAAUAAAAUGUUACGUGAGUGACUACGAAAAUCUAGCGUUGAUAAAGAUGUGGGUCUUUUGCUUCAGCUCUUAAACACUCUUCGUGGGGUUGAAGUAAGAGUCAGUCUUUUUCCUAGAGCCCGUGAUUGUUUUGUGUAGCUGGUUUCGUCAAGAGCGUCGCAAGUUCGGUCACCGCUGGCAGAAAACGUGCGGGCUCUGGAAACAAAGUUUCACAUUCCCAUCUGCGCACGCUGCCUUGUAGUCAGGUACAAGUGAUCAACGAGUAAUUUCUCCAUACAAUGCAUUUUCAAGUUACAAUUGAUGAGAAUUUAGAAGAUCACCAGCUAAGAGAUAAAGAUAUUUUUUUAUCAGUAACGCCACAAACGACACAAACGUUCAGAACAGAAUUGUUGAUGCAAAAAUGAGUAACGAAAGACAAACAAAAUUCACAGUAAAAAUGAUAACAAUAAUU